AUAAACAUCUUGCCUUUGUUCUUCUCAUCGAUAUGGCCCCAAACAUGGCCUUAACCAGUCCUCUUUUCCUUCUCUUCCUUCUACCAUCACUUCAAGCUUUCUCCAACGAAACCUCUUUAUCCAUCGGAGAUUUAACCAUUGAAAAAAUGAUUCUACAAGCUUGUAGCAACAUUGAAAACCAAGCUUCGUGCAUCUCAAACAUACACAACGAACUAGAAUCAACUUCCGAUCUAAACCCCACUUCAAUUCUCACUGCAACAAUAAAAGCAACACUUAAAGAAGCAAAAGAUGCCAUUCAAAUGAUCACAAAGUUCAAUACUUUGUCUGUCAGCUACCGUGAGCAGCUCGCUAUUGAAGAUUGCAAGGAACUCCUAGAUUUCUCAGUGUCUGAAUUGGCCUGGUCUUUAACAGAGAUGAAGAAGAUUAGAGCUGGUGAUAAGAAUGUUCAUUAUGAAGGGAAUUUGAAAACUUGGUUAAGCGCUGCAUUGAGCAAUCAAGACACUUGCCUCGAAGGAUUUGAAGGUACAGAUAGACAUUUAGAGAAUUUUAUUAAGGGAAGUCUUGAACAAGUCAAUCAACUCAUUGCUAAUGUCUUGGCUCUCUACACUCAACUUCAUAGCUUACCUUUUAAGCCUCCUAGAAAUAUUACUUCUAAUCAUCCGUUUACAAACCUUGAGAAUAGCUCAGAAUCAGAAGACAUGGACCUUCCGAAUUGGAUCACUGAUGGUGAUCAAGAGCUUCUCAAUGCCAGUCCUCUUCGCAUGCACGUAGAUGCAAUUGUGGCGUUAGAUGGAACGGGCAAUUAUCAAACAAUCACAGAAGCAAUUAGCGAAGCUCCAAGCUACAGUAACAGAAGGUAUAUUAUAUAUGUGAAGAAGGGUGUUUAUAGAGAAAACAUAGAUAUGAAGAGAAAGAAAACUAAUAUUAUGCUUGUUGGAGAUGGAAUUGGAGAGACUGUGGUGACUGGAAAUCGAAAUUUCAUGCAAGGAUGGACAACUUUUCGAACUGCAACUGUUGCCGUGUCUGGAAAGGGAUUCAUAGCAAGAGACAUGACAUUUCGCAAUACAGCAAAACCUGAAAACCAUCAAGCAGUGGCACUCCGAGUCGAUUCAGAUCAAUCAGCAUUCUUCAGAUGCAGCAUGGAAAGCCAUCAGGACACCCUCUAUGCUCACUCCCUCCGUCAAUUCUACCGGGAAUGCGACAUUUAUGGCACAAUCGACUUCAUUUUCGGCAAUGGAGCUGCUUUCGUCCAAAAUUGCAAGAUCUUCACUCGCGUCCCACUUCCAUUACAAAAGGUCACCAUCACUGCUCAAGGACGCAAAAACCCGCACCAGAGCACCGGAUUUGUCAUUCAAGAUAGUUAUAUUCUAGCUUCGCAACCAACUUACCUAGGUCGGCCAUGGAAGCAAUUCUCUAGAACAGUGUUUAUCAACACUUACAUGAAUGCUCUGGUACAACCUAGAGGUUGGCUUGAGUGGUAUGGAGAUUUCGCCCUAGGCACAUUGUGGUAUGGCGAGUACAAGAAUUAUGGACCAGGAGCUUCACUCUCGAAUCGGAUCAAAUGGCCGGGAUAUCAUAUCAUCAAUGAUGUUUCUACAGCUACGUUUUUUACAGUUGAUCGAUUCAUUGAUGGUCGAUCAUGGUUACCAGCAACUGGUAUCAAAUUUACAGCAGGAUUAAGCAAUUAGG